AUGAGUACGAAUCCAGUUCAUAUUAUAAAAAUGACAUCAACAAGUUUUCUUAACUUCGAAACCUUUCGUUUAUCAUCAGUUCAAAUAUUCAAAGCCUUUAUAGAAAAGCUUGUGAAAGCUAAAGAUGGCAAAAUGUUCGUAACUUCUCCUCCAAAAUUGCAAAAUUAUUUUUUCCAGCUUUUCAAUAAUGAAGAUAUUUUCACAUACAAAACAUUUCCAACAAUCGUUAACGCAGAAAAUCCAUACACAGUUAUCGCAAUCACAAAUGGCGAUCCAGAAAACUUAGAAAUGAUUUGUUCUAAGUUUCAAGAUUGUCCAAGAUUAAGAAAAGCGCUAUUAGUCAUUCCAAAAUUCACAGAACAUAGCAAAAUCAUCAUGGAAAAUCAUAGGUUACAAAUAGUUUCUGAGGCUUCAAAUUUCCAUUCAUCUCAAGUUUAUGUAGGAGAGUUUCCAGCUGAUUUUAUCCCUAUCGAGGAUGAUUUCUUUUUAAUGCCAUCGACUAAUUGCUUUAAAAACAUUUUCAUCAAUCAUGAUACUUUAGAUUUAUAUAAUUCUGCAAGAGCAUUAGCAAAAAUCCAAUACAUAUACGGAAGAAUACCUCAAGUAGUUACGGUUGGCCAGCAAUCUGAACGAAUUCAUCGUUUAAUGUGUGGAAUGAUGGAUAAAGUUGAACUUGGAAAGGCUGUUGCACCUGCAAUCUCAUCAGUAUUAAUCAUAGAUCGAUACGCAGAUCUUCUUACUCCUUUAUCUAUUGCUCAACCCUGUGAACAAUUAUAUAAUGAAUAUUUUGGUAUAAAUUACGGAAUUAUUCAACUCGGAAAUGACUUAAAAGACUUAAGGAAACUCACGGAUAAUGAUGUUAUCUUCAAAGAUUAUAGAUAUAAGUCAUUAAGUGAAGCAGAGAUAUAUAUCAACGGAAUUCGACCACAAGAAGAAGAGAAAUUCAAAAAGGCAAAGACUUUGAGUGAAAAGAAGGAAAUUUUCAGUGAAUUUCAGAAAAAAUUAUCUCAAAAAUUAGAUUUACACGUUAAACUCUUUGCAGGAUUGAUAAAUUUGAUGGAUUUCAGGAUAUACAAUUGCAGUAGCCGCAUCCCAUUUGGUAUGAUGUUAAGAGAAAGAGAUACUUUGAAUUAUAUCGAAAAACUUCUGGCCAAUUUUGGAGAUUGGCAAACGGCUUUGAGAUUACUCAUUAUUUACCAGCUGAUUGGCUAUAAAAAGGGCGUUACAAAGAUUUACAACUCAAUUCAAAAAGAAAUUUUGGGUGAAUUUGGCCAGAAAGCUCUCGAAGGCCUUAUGAAUUUAGAUAUACUUAAAUUAAUAUCUUCAGAGCCAUUUGGUUGGGACUUUUCUUCAAUAUUGACAAAAUUAAAUUUGAUAAAUAAGGAUUCGAACUCUGAUAUUCAACAAGCAAUGUAUAUGUACUUCCCUAUAUCAGUAAGUCUUGCUAAAAUGCUUGCCGAUAACGAAAUUAAAGAAGUUCAAUCACUAUUUCCUGAAUCUCUUCCUCACAUCAAGAUGACAAUCACUGGAGAGAAGCCAGAAUUAACAACAGACCAAAUGAGAAUCCUUGUCUUCUUCACAGGAGGUGUUUCUCUUGGAGAAGUCGCAUUUUUGAAGAAUAUUAGCCAUAGCGUGUUCAAUGACAAGGUUCAGUUCAUUAUUGGAGCAACGAAUACUGUUGAUGGCAAUGGACUUAUUAAAGAAAUUUGUCCUUUCUUGAAUUAA